AUGGAGGGUCUUAAGCAAAUGACCCUCAAGGAGAUUUCCGACCACAACACCAACAAGUCCGCGUGGCUUGUGAUUGGAAACAAGGUUUAUGAUGUCACAAAGUUCUUGGACGAGCAUCCGGGAGGUUGCGAAGUGCUUCUCGAGCAAGCCGGUGGAGAUGGAACCGAGGCGUUCGAAGACGUUGGACAUUCAACCGACGCCAGACAUAUGAAGGAAGAAUAUUUGAUUGGAGAGGUGGUUGAGGAAGAGCGCAGAACCUAUUCCUACGAUAAGAAGACAUGGAAAGCGGGCAACGAUCAGGAUAACAAGCAGAGAGGAGGAGAAUCCGGACAAACCGACAACCUGGUCUACUUUGGCCUUCUUGCCAUCAUUGUUGCCAUGGUCUACUGGCUGAUGACUAAAUAA